AUCAAUUGAAAGAAAAAAAUAAGUUUCGCCAUAAGCUUAAUUUCAGAAGCUAUUUGAAAGUGCUUAGACUUUUUACCUAGUUCAUCUGACCGAAUGCUUCCUACCUUCCAACCAUUUUCGCUGCGCUGCUAGUUUGAAAAUUCGUUCAGUAAAUCUCUUCUGAAUUCUCCACUGCAUCUACCGUCCAGCGCCCAUGGGUUGCCGUUGAUAAUGUCGAGCAAGGAUCGUCACGUAUUUGAGUCCUUCGGUGGUGGUGGGAGGAAGCUUCUCCAAGCUCCCAUUGGUGGCAUUUCAGUGAGCCAGAUGGUGGUUGUGGAUAAGGAGGGAGGUGGGAACUUUACAAGCAUCAAUGAUGCCAUUGCUGCAGCUCCUAAUUCAACUAAUGGCGUCGUACCUGGAAACAGCUACUUUGUUAUAUAUGUGAUAGAGGGUCUCUAUGAAGAGUACAUUUCUAUCCCGAAGAACAAGCAGAACUUGAUGAUGGUCGGAGAUGGAAUCGGCCGGACGACCAUUACCGGGAACAGGAGCGUCGUUGAUGGCUCCACCACUUUCAAUUCCUCCACGUUAGCCGUCGUCGCCCCAGGAUUCGUCGCCGUGGGAAUGACGUUCCGGAACACGGCGGGGCCAUCAAAGAUGCAAGCCGUCGCGGUUCGGAACGGCGCCGACAUGUCAGCAUUCUUCAACUGCAGCUUCGAGGGCUACCAGGACACACUCUACGUCCACUCCUUACGCCAAUUCUACCGCGACUGUACUAUCUACGGCACCAUCGACUACAUAUUCGGCAACGCCGCCGUUGUUUUCCAGAACUGCCGGCUCAUGUCUCGGCUCCCUCUGCCCAACCAAUUCAACGCCAUAACUGCACAGGGCCGAACCGACCCGAAUCAGAACACUGGGAUCUCGAUCCAGAAUUGCACAAUCAAGGAAGCGAAAGAUUUGGCUUUAAGCAAUGGUACGACGAGAUCUUACCUGGGUCGGCCGUGGAAGGCGUAUUCGAGGACGGUGGUGAUGCAGUCGUCGAUCGCCAGUUUCUUAGAUCCGGCGGGUUGGGCGCCGUGGUCCGGUAACACUUCGCUGGACACGCUUUAUUAUGCGGAGUUCAAUAACACAGGCAUCGGGGCGCUGACCGGCGGGAGGGUGAAUUGGCCGGGUUUUCAUCUGAUUAACGAGACCGACGCCGGGAAUUUCACGGUGAUGAACUUUACUCAGGGGGACAUCUGGUUGCCGGCGACCGGCGUUCCGUUUGAUACUGGGUUGUUGGUAUAAUUAAAGUGGAAUGAACAGAAAUUGAAGUGGUUGUCAAAUCGGAAUGUUUAUAUUGUUCCUUCACGUGAAGAAGUUCGUGAAGAGGGAUUGCAAAGGGAGACUUUGAAAUUUUUUGCGGGUGUGUUCAGCGACGUGCGCGCCAUUAUUAUUUGGGAUAUGGAGAAAUAAAUGCUGUUUUAGUAAUUUAGUGUUGGUCGUGUAUUUUGUUUUAUCCUAUGGAGAAGGGAAGGGAAGAGAAGCUAAAAAUGAUUGAAUUCGUUAUAAAAAGAAAGAAAUUGAGAUGA